AUGAGUAAAAAGCCGAAAGCUAUUCUAGCAAUCGACAGUUCUGCGUUUGAAACAUUCGUCAAAUUACAUCUUCCAACAACUGUGGCAGAUGUUAUAAUUUUAACAUUAGGGAUAAAAACAUUUGCUGGUUUUCUUCAAUGUAAUAGUUUAGAGGAACAAUUAUUGUCUUUGUACGACGAUCUUAGUACAGACGAUAAAUCAUAUUGGUAUAUGCAUCAUACAGGAGUACAUACUGUUAAACCAAACUUAUUAAACGAAAUCAAGUUAUUCCGUGAAGCAUGUGAAACACAUAUGAACAAGGAUAAGACAAAUCGACAUAAUCCAGACAGAAUAUUGAGUCAAUUAUUUUUAUUUAUUUUUGUUUAUUCAUUAAAAGGUAGCAGCAGUAGUACACAAGAUGACAGUGAAUCAAGUGCAUCCGCAUCAAAAUGUGUAAAAAGAAAGAACAAUUUUGAUCGUCGUGCAUGUACUGAUCGUGCAAACAACACAAAUGAUGAUCUUCAAUUUAAAGAUACACAAAUUCGUCUUUCAAAUACAAGCUAUGUUGAAGUGGAAUUUAGAGCAAGCUUACCAGAUGAUUAUGACAAUAAGAACGACAUCAGUAUUUUUCGAUAA